AGUCAGGGGGCAGACGGGGCUGAUGCUGGCGGUAAGUCAUGGCAGGAUGGACAUGGUUCGGGCUCUGCUGGCUCAUGGGGCCGAGGUCAACAUCCAGGAUGACGAGGGCUCCACAGCCCUGAUGUGUGCCAGUGAACAUGGACAUGUGGAGAUCGUCAAACUGUUGCUGGCUCAGCCCGGCUGUGACGCCACGCUCAGCGACAGCGAUGAGAGUAAUGCCCUGUCCAUUGCUCUGGAAGCAGGACACAAGGACAUAGCGGUGCUGCUUUAUGCACAUGUGAACUUCUCCAAAGCCCAGUCACCUGGGACCCCUCGACUCAGCAGAAAGACGUCACCUAGUCCCACCCGGAGGGGCAUGUUUGACUAGAAGAGCGAGCCCUCAGCUGCCCA